AUGAUGUGCAUGCGCGUCUGCAUACCAACUUCUCAGGCUAAACGUAGCGCAGCAAAAGGAGUUCGAACGUGUUCACCAGAUCUAAAAGGAAAGAACCUUGGCACAAUUCGGGACAAGUUUAUGGGACAUUAUGUGGGAGAAAUCAUCAACUACAUCUUUCAAAACGAAAAGCAUGUGUGCAUAAACGGUAUACGCGAUGUACCUGUCGCGAAAGGUAACAGAUGCUGUAGUUGCAAAAGUGCCAUGAUAUGA